CCCAAGGAGGUGGCCGUGGCGGGAGGGUUGGAGCCAUGUCGGCCAGGACGGCGGGUGGGGGGCGCUGGGAGGUGGUGAAGAAAGGGCGGCGGCCUGGGGCCGGCGGCAGUGGUAAAGGCGGCGGAGGGGACCGCCGGGCGCUCGGGGAGGCGAACGGCGUGUGGAAGUACGACCUGACCCCUCCAAUCCAGACGACAAGCACCCUGUAUGAACGGGGCUUUGAGAAAAUCAUGAAGCGGCAGAAUAAGGAGCAGGUUCCACCCCCUGCUGUGGAGCCUAAGAAACCGGGCAACAAGAAGCAGACUAAGAAGGUGGCCACGCUCACCAACCAGAACCAGAAGCAGGGCCGCUUUCGCAGCCUGGAGGAGGCACUGAAAGCUCUGGACCUGGCAGCUCUGCAGAAGGAACUGGACAAGAGCCAAAGCGUGUUCUCUGGGAACCCAUCUGUGUGGUUGAAGGACCUGGCCAGCUAUCUCAACUACAAGCUCCAAGUACCUCCAAGUGAACCCACACUAAGCCAGCAUACUCACGAUUAUCCCUACAGCCUGGUGAGCCGGGAGCUGCGUGGGAUCAUCCGAGGGCUACUGGCGAAGGCAGCGGAGUCUCUGGAGCUCUUUUUUGACCACUGUCUAUUCACCAUGCUACAAGAGCUGGAUAAGACGCCAGGGGAGUCACUACACGGUUACCGCAUCUGUAUCCAGGCCAUUCUGCAGGACAAGCCCAAGAUCGCCACCAUGAACCUGGGCAAGUUCCUGGAACUGCUGAGGUCCCACCAGAGCCGACCAGCAAAGUGUCUGACCAUCAUGUGGGCCCUGGGUCAAGCAGGUUUUGCCAAUCUCACCGAGGGACUGAGAGUGUGGCUGGGGAUCAUGCUGCCUGUGCUGGGCACCAAGUCUCUGUCUCCCUUCGCCAUCGCCUACCUGGAUCGGCUGCUCCUGAUGCACCCCAACCUCACCAAGGGCUUUGGCAUGAUUGGCCCCAAGGACUUAUUCCCACUUCUGGACUUUGCCUAUAUGCCCAACAACUCCCUGACUCCCAGCCUGCAGGAGCAGCUGUGUCAGCUCUACCCGCGACUGAAGGUGCUGGCAUUUGGGGCAAAGCCGGAAUCCACCCUGCAUACCUACUUCCCCUCCUUCCUGUCCAGAGCCACCCCUAGCUGCCCUCCGGAGAUGAAGAAAGAGCUCCUGAGCAGCCUGACCGAGUGCCUGGCGGUGGACCCCUUCAGCACCGGCGUCUGGAGGCAGCUGUACCCCAAGCACGCGUCACAGUCCAGCCUGCUGCUGGAGCACUUGCUCAGGUCCUGGGAGCGGAUUCCCAAGAAGACACAGAAGUCUUUGCAAGAAACCAUUCAGUCCUUCAAGCUUACCAACCAGGCUCUGCUAGGGAAGGGCAGCUGCAGCAACCAGGAUGUCAUCGCCUGUGACGCGGCCUGCAAGAGUCUGUUGCAGCAGGCACGGGGCUUCUGGCUGCCCUGGACGCGGCUACUCGUGUUGGUGCUGGUCUUUGCCAUAGGUUUCCUGUGCCAUGACUUGUGGUCACACAGCUCUUUCCAGGCCUCCCUUUCUGGCCGGUUGCUUCAUUCAUCUGGUGUCUUGCCUGCUGUCCAACAAGCAUGUACCAAGAUCUACUUCUACAGCCUGCAAGGCUACAGCUGGCUGGAGGAGACAUUGCCGGCCUGGGGCUCCCACUUGCUGACCAUGGUGAGGCCCAGCUUGCAGCUGGCCUGGGCCCACACCAAUGCCACAGUCAGCUUCCUUUCUGCCCACUGUGCCUCCCACCUUGCCUGGUUGGGUGACAGCCUCACCAGCCUUUCCCAGAGGCUGCAGAUCCAGCUCCCUGAUGCCCUGAACCAGCUGCUCCGUUCUCUGAGGGAGCUGCUCCUGUUUCUUUACCAGAGCAUCCUGCUGCCCACGUGGCACAUGCUGCUUGAGGCCCUGGCCCGCGUCCAGGAGCACUGCCAUGAGGCGUGCAGAGGUGGGGUGACCUGGGACUGCGUGAAGACACAGCUCAGUGAGGCUGCCCACCGGACCUGGCUCUGCCUACAGGACACCACAGUGGCCUUCUUGGACUGGGCAUUUGCCAUGAUAUCCCAGCAGUAGGCCCUGCCUCCCUGGCUGCUGGGUUCUGUCUGGAGCAGACCAUCCGAGACUGCUGGCGGGGAGAGGGUGGCAGUUCUGCACGGGAGUCUUUGUUACGCGGUGCCUGAGUUCUGUCUCCUAGGCGAGUGGCUGGCUGCCUCUGCCUCCGUUCUUCCACUUUGGCAGCAGCUGAGCCCGGGGGUAUCUCAGCCUCCUACCCGCGACUCCACUGAGCACUGCUCUGCCCGAUGGCACCUAGCUCCCAGCCUCUGUCCUCGGGCUCGUAGCCUCUCUUGCCUCCUCUCUUGUCUCCUGCUCUCCACUUCCUUCUGUGUCAUUCCUGAAGCCUCAAACAGCUCACCUCCAAAAAGGUGGGACUCCAGCAAGUGGUUUCUGCCUUCUUCAGACAAAUGAUUCCCAGACUUCAGCCGCAGCAGAAAAAAGAAAGGGACCUCCAGAAGAAUCCAGAAGAAUAUAGCACCUCAGUGGGUGGCAGCAGCUUCGCCUCUACCCACACCCUGGGUGUGGCUGUCAGUGGACAUGGAGGCCUGGGUGGAAAGGCCUCUCACCUCAAAAUGCUCAGCUUAGGUCCUUCAAGGCCCCUCACUGCCCCUUCCACUGUGGUCCUACUUCCUCACUCUCCAUUCCCCUUCAGUGCCGGGGGGUCUCUGCCUCAAUGUUCAGCCUUUCGCUGCUGCCCACCCCUGCCGUCUGUCUGGAGAGCGCAGCCUAGGUAGUCAUGUCCCUCGGGCCCAGGGAACCUUCCAGCAGUCUGUUGAGACAGGAUGUGGCCCAUGGGUAUGCCUACUCGGUGGAAUAAAGGACACAGGUUCGAUUUCUAGCUUUCCUCUGUGCCUCUUCAUACAGGAAUUCCUAUAGUUGUGGACAGGAGGACAAAAUUGGAGCACCUGCACAUUCUUUAGCCCCCUGCCCUCCUGAAGGUUAUAGCCGCUGGCUGUAAUUGAGCCUCUGGCAAGGAAAGCCCAUUCUAAAGUUUGGCCUGUCGAGGGUUCUAGACACACUCUUGCUCAUGUAUUGUCUCACUUGUCCCUGUGAUUCACGUCCCAGGAUUUGCCUUGGUAGCUUGAGUGUUUUAUGCUUGGAAAAGUUGGGGAGAGUCUCCUAGAGGAAUUCUUGGCCAGUGAUCAGAGGGUGUCUCCUUCGUUCCCAGGACCUUAAUUUAUUAAUUGGUUCAUUUUAUAGGCAGUGAGUGAAAGGUUUAGAACUCCAAGAGUCAAGGGUUUAAUCACCAAAGUCCCUUUUAAUUUUUGACUUGAGACUGUAAUAGUUAGUCAGCUAACUGCAUGGGUUUUCGGUUCUCACCUCAAGCUUCUUUCCUUGAAUGUUUCAAAAAAUAUAAGCAGUACUAGAGGUGCACUGCCCGCUCCAACUUCCAUGGGCUGGUUUCUGCUUCCAUCAUAAACACCUGAGAUGACCAGCAGGGGUGAUGGCCAGCUGCCACUUUCCCUUUCACGGGCUGCCCUGAGAUGCUGCCUCCAUUUCCAGCAGCAAGAUUAUAAAGAAGCAAGCAUAGAAAAAUCUUGACACAAGGUGAGGUCGUGAGGACUAUAGCAUCUCACAUUUUUGUUCUCCUGUUAGGAUGUAACUACAUUACCACAUUGGGAAGAACCCUGCUCUUCCAGUGGCAGUCAGCCAUGACCAUUUUUCCCAGAAAAAAAGAAACCCCGCCUGGCAAAGGACCAAGGUUUAGGACUGCUAGGCAGGACUGUCCAAGGGCCCCAAGACAUGUUGCAUUGCCUCAGUUCUUCCUUACCAAUCAGAUGGGUUCAACUCUUAAGAGUAGUGAAUCCUUGUUAACUGUCCUGUAUUCAAGGCAAAUUGAAGAAAGGGGGCUGGUGUGAGCUUGGGUUGGCAUGAGCGCAGGACCAGUAAAAUGAUAACACUCUGUCCUGCUGACGUUGAGUCCAGCCAAGGCUGCUGAACUGGAUUUUCAAUCUAGCAACUCAGAGAAUCCCACUUAUAAGUGCCUCAUUGGUUUCUAAUGUGUGUACUAUUUCUGCCUUGUUAGGUUCAUUUAAUCUCUGAUGUAUGAUCCUGGGAUGCAACAUUUUUCUUUAACUCAGGUAAACUGGGGCCUCCACAGCCUCUCACAGGGACACUGACACCUUAAUUGGCUUUAUUCAAUAGACAGGAGUGGUUUGACCUGAUACUGGAAUUGUCAGAAUUUUUCCUCUGUCAGUAGUCCAACACUGUACCUGCUGUCCAUUAAAGCUAGACCAGACAUCCAGAUGUUUCACUUUAGCAGAACUGUCAACGAACAGGAAUCCAAGCUGAGCCAGUUAGUUGAACCAGUAUGGACUGGUGGAGUACACUGAUGCCGGCAGGCGGGCAAUCACACUGAUGAUUGGUGUUAUUGGAAGUAAACUGACACCUGAAAAAUCACUUCUAGACAUUUUAACUUUACUUUUCACACACAGGUGGAGUUUUACAGAGAACAUACCAUAUAACUGAUGGGCAGUUUGAGUAUUGUUAACUAACUUUAGUUAUUACUAGUUCUUGUACGGACUUGCAAAUUAUAUUGCAUGACUCAUUAGAAACCCUUCUUUCCAUUUUUCUAAGUCUCAGAGCAUGUUUUUGGUUUCCUCUGGUCAUGUGUACCCCGUCUACAGCUUCAGCUUUAGAGCAGGGCAGCUUGAUGGGGAGCCUUACUAUGGAUAGAUAAUGUUGCUAGCCUCACACCUGUGACGUUGCCAGUCCAUUCUCAAAUGGCUCCACUCUUAGAGUGGAGUGUUUCCCACAGAAAUAGGCAUGCCUCCCCUGCCCUGCCCUAUUCCAGAAUGACCCAGUUGUCAAUUAUACAGAAAUUUCAAUGGUUGGAUGACCUCUGAGCAUUUUAAUAUGUCUUAGUCUUUCCUGAAGGAGUUUGGAUUUAAGUGAACACUUAAAGUGAUUAAUUCUUUUUCUACAUAAUCUUCCUGGUUCUGCUCCCAAGGGGACUUUAGGGGACAAAGGACCUUGCUUUUCCCUAUGUGAUGUUCCAUUUUUACCUGGCAGUUUCAUUGCCCAGACUUGAAGUAUAAGAAAGAAUUCGGGGGUGAGGGAGAGCUUUCACCAUUCAGGGCAUGAGCAAAUACUUACUGACUAUUGAAUAUUCUACUUAUUAAUAAAAACGUUGAGUUCAGACAUG